AACAUAUUUUCUUUCACGAAGUAACCGUGGUAGAAGUAAGACUACCGGCGUGUGGCUUCGACAACAUCAUCAUACCGUCCAAUGGUAAUCCAGUUAUGCCUGCAAUCCUCAGUUGCUAUAAAUGCGGUCAACCUGGCCACAUUUCCAGGUUUUGUCCGCUUUCUGAUCGAAGGCUGAAUGGAAGUCAGUUGUCUAAUGCUAUCGUUCCUGCGCAACCAUCGUUGACUGCGCGUGUUGUUACUAACGUCGGGACUGUUGUGCCGUACUUCUCGGGUCAGUAUAAUGGAGGUGGAGGUGGCAAUGGGUUAGUAAGAAGAGUUAGUACGCUGGAAGAGAUUGUUGGGAAAAUUAACAGUAAGCAUGAAGCGGACGAGGCAAGGGAGCAGAGAGAACGUGAGCAAGAUGAGCGUAGGAAGCGGGAGAAGGAUGACGAGGAACGUCGUUCAACUGUUGUUAUCGAAAUUGACCAAGUUGCCAGGCUUCGUGCUCAAGUGGAGCAACUCAAACGGGGUAAUGAUGGCGCUUCUACGUCUGCUACCGGAGGAAGAGUGGCCAAGGAGUCGAAGGAGGUUGCUCGUCUUCGUUCGGAGCAUGCCGAAGAUAGAGCGGCUAGGGGGAAACGGUGGGCGACGCUGGAGGAAGUCAUUUGUGCCUUGCAAAAGCAAUGUGAAGCACCCGAAGCCAAUGUGGAGGUAUGGAGAAACGAGGCCUUACGUCCUGGGAAUAAGCGUGGAAGUAUUGCGAUCAGGCAGACUCCAGGCAGUGCUGCACGUGUUCGACCGCGUGUGACUCCGGGUGCUUCGCCGUGUCCUGUAGGGAGGGUGGAUCAGCAGGUGAAAGCGAUGGUAGAAAGGCAUCAGCGUGAGGUGGACUUGCUAAACGAAAUGGGAUUGCGUGAAGUCAACGCACGUAAGGAAUCGGAAGACGAAAUCGAAAGAUUAAAGGAGGCUAUGGCUAAGUUGGAGACGAGUGGAAGAGCUCGAGGAACUAACUUGAGGAACAAGUUGGACGACGCUGCGGGACCUUCUGCCUGUAAAGACACGGGGGAGACGGUCUUGGCUGGAUUGGUUAACCGGAGAGAGAUCUUUGUACGUGAGGAACGUAAGCAGCUCCGAAAUUUGCGUAAGGAGGAGGUUAUCUCUAUCUGCAAGAAAGAAGGUAUUGAAUGCACAAAGUUGGACCCUACUAAGGAGGCUAUCAUACAGGGUCGUGCCGAUCGUGCUUUCGAAAGCAAAAACGGUACGGACGUUGGGAAAGGCAUAGGUAAGGUGGAUUAUGUUGUUGACAUCCCCGAUGAUGGGGAGGACAACCUCCAUAAGGGCGACGGGCAUGACUCGGCUACUUCUUAGGAUCAUGCCCGAACGCGACUUUUUUGUGGCGAAUUGUUAAUUUCUA